GGUGACAGUGCACGCCAGGUCACGUUCUUAGCAAGACAAACACUGUGAGCGUAUUGUACACCCAGGACUUGACUUCACCCGACGUCUUGUUGACUUGUUGACUUGUUGACUGCAACAGUUAACACAAGAAUUUGGUGCAGGACCUUUGAUGUGAUGGACUGGACGGAGUGAUGCAUUGUAACGAAUCCUGAACAUCUGAGAGGGAGACUGGUUCUGACAACAACACCUGGAUGUGUUGGAUAUGUUUGCGGAUUGAAUAACUUACUUUAAAGUGAGCGACGUGACAUGCAAGCCGAACAAUUGUGACUUACUAAGUGUACAUUGAUUCGCAAUCUCGAUCAACAACAGCUGACAGGGAACCGCGUUAUAACGAGGACUGGAAGGAAUUUGACGGUAGGCCAUGGGGGGAAAGAUGGGAAAAAAAGUGAAAAACAAAAUGUCAACAGCUAAAGGUCCUACCCUCACUCGCCAGAUGACAGAGGAGGAAAUACAAGAACAGAAUACGAAGCUGAAGUAUCUCGAAGAGGAAUUUAACUGUAUGGAUGUGAUCGGCGACAACAGGCUCAACUACGGGGAAUUCGUCAGGCUGAUGAGGUUGUUGAGGUACCCCACUGGACACGAAGGGGCGAAGAUAAUUUGGCUGAAACAGUUGGGGAAGAAUGAGAGAAGCACCAUGACCAAGGACGAAUAUGUAAAUCUGAUGACGAAAGACACAACCCUAGAGAAGUUGACAAGCGUCUGGAGGUGUGUGUAUGAGGAGUUCGAUCACGAUCACUCUGGGUGGGCCUCCAAGCAGGACGUGAUCAAUGGCCUGGAAAACUCCCUUGGUAUCCCUGUAAAGGGAACGCUCAAAGAAAAGAUUGACGCCAUGGACGAAAAUGGAGACGGAAAAAUCUACUACUCGAAUUUCCUUCGCAUGCAGCUGCAUCUGAUCCAGAAACAAGGUUCAAUCUCACACGAUACGAGCGCCAACUGAGUCAAAAUGAGGCUAAAUGGGUCAAAACCACGUUCUGACUUCAACAAUAGCAACAACAACAUUCUCAACGUGUUCUUUUAUAUAAUUUGAAGCCUAAAUGGUAAUUAUAAUGUACUCUAUCAAACGGCAAGUCCAACAGUGCAAAACGGACGGUGGAGGGAAUGAUGCCAGCUUUUUAACGUUCCAUUUGAUAUAUAUUAUAUAAACCCGGCUGGCGGAAGAGUGUCGGCGCGUGUUUUCUGAAGUGAAUGCUUCAAUCCACAAGAGUCUGCGAGGUGCUAGGAAUGCACGUCUUGAAGCGCUUUCAUUUUGCUUAUUAAUAUUACGAAUAUUUUAUAAUAUUAUCGCCUUAUACUUGUACUGUUGAUCAUGUGUAGCCUACAUUUCGGUAUUUAGAUCUUAUGUGUAGGCAUUUGUAGAGGAUAUAGUUGUAGUUCGAGCACAUACAUUAAAUGAAUUCUGUUUUCGGAAAAUGCAAUGCAAUCUAAAGCGAGUAAAUUGCCAUGUUUCAACACAACAAAGAAAAUGUUUUAAUUUUAAUUGAUACAAAUCAGGAAAGAGGAAAUAUUUUGGUUUCUACACAUCUCAUUUAAAUAGCAUAAUAUAUGUUUCAAUGUUUCAGUUGCAGGGUUCUGUGUUAAUAUCUGGACUUAAUACUCACAUUAACCUUCAACACUCAAAACAUCAGGUACUGCUACACAAGCAGCCAUGUUAGGACUAGUGAUUAGGAGAGUGCAUAGAUGUACAGAAUACUACAUCUUUCCCUUAACCUUCACGUUACUAUGAUAUUUUGAUAGUAUAUACAUAUAUAUGAAAAUGCAUACAAACUACAAUGAUAAUAUACUAUCAAUAAAAAAACAUACAGCAGUCAUAUGUUUUAAAAAUAAUGUCAGACGGAAACACACACACACACACACAGACACACACACACAUUUUCUCACAUUAUUAUCGAGUUCAUUAAUUAUACAAAUAGGAAGAUAUUUAAUACACACCUCCUCACAUAUACUUUCUAGACUGAAGUAGAAAAAACGCUCUCCAACAAAAUAUAUAUAUUAUAUAUAUAUUCCAUAUUAUAUAUUUCAUAUAUAUAUAUAUAUCCUGCGGAGAUUCAGGUACAGAAGAUGGAGAGAAAUGAUGAGAUGACACAUCUACUCACGUAACAACUGGCAUGUUAUGUGAGUGCAGGGAUACAAUACAAACAGUCAAUGUAAAGGAAAACAAUCUGAAAUACAUAUGUAUCUGUUACUUUCUGUCCUGUUGCUAGUUUCGUCUUUGGAAUCUGUGGUGAAGUUACGAUCAUGUUGUAUGUUUGUACAUUUUUGUAACCUUUAAGCUUGAAUAAAUAUUCAUACGUUCA